UUGCCAUGCUCUGGUGCUGGAUAUUCUGUGGUCUUAGGACAGACAAUGGGGAUUUGUGUUCCGUGAACAUGUGAGCAGAUGUAGGUAUUUCUUGUCCGAGUUGUCAGAUCUGUCUAGUGAAGAUUGUGUUUAUUAUACUGCAAUUUUGGACAGGAUCAAAUGUGCAUACGUUGUAGAACAACUGUUUUGCUUUUUAUUAUAUAUCUAUCACGUACAUGUGUAGAUGCAUCAUGCAGCAAUCCAGAUGAUGUCCGUGACGUCACGGCAACGUCAGCAGCCAGACGAAUUUAUUUUCCAUUCAAUGAUGCUCCAUCUUCAUCGUAUGACGUGUGUUACGACUGGAGAAUCACGGGACAGCCCGGGGAGCUGUUGGAGUUGUUCCUGAUCCAGACCACACAGUACGACCAGCCGUGUACGGUGGGCAGGUCCUGUCUCCGGAUAUUUGACGGUUACAAUUACUCGGCGGUGUUCGGAUUCAGGAAGAUGUACGAGGAGGACGGUAAUGUGACCGAGGCCCUGCGCCUGGCCUACCCCGCCCACCAGUCUGUGUUCAUCCGAUUCUUUACCUACGAAAACAGCAGCUUCCUUCUCCAGCAUAAAUCAAGGGGUGACAUAGAUGAUGGUGGGUUUAGUAGCAAAGACAAGAAGUCCCUUGGAAUAGCUCUGACGUCAUGCGCAGUAGCCGUAAUCGCCAUCGUCAUAGCAAUUUUCACAGUACUUGUAUGCAGCAGGACCAAAGAUAAGGAGACAACGGGCAGUGAAUCUGGGCUGGUUCCCGAGAGGAGCAGGAGGGAACCAGACAACUUGAGCAGGCUGUUCGAGGCGAGGCCGAGUAGACAAAAUAUGUCUGCUCUUUGAGAAUUUGUAAUCUAAAUACACUUUUGGUAUAUAAU